AUGACCUACGACAGCUCUACUACAUCCUGCAUCUCGACGCUACUGUGCGAAAAGAGGCAACAGCUUGUGUAUGGUGUAAGCUACACCGGAGUAGACUACAUCGGUCCAUUCGAUGUAACCAUUGGACGUCGUACUGAGAAGAGAUGGAUAGUUUUGUUUACGUGCCUGGUGGUUCGUGGAAUCCAUCUUGAGAUUGCUCAUGGCCUGACUACACAAUCUUGUCUAAUGGCACUGAAGCGAUUCAUCUGUCGACGAGGUUGGCCUGUUGAGUUCUUCUCCGAUAACGGGACUAACUUCAGAGGAGCAAGCCGUGAAGUCACCGAAGCAGUUGGGAACAUCCAGAACGAGUGUGCGGACCAGUUCACUAACGCGCGAACCAAAUGGACCUUCAAUCCUCCCAUCACCCCUCACAUGGGAGGAGUGUGGGAACGCUUGGUGCGAUCGGUCAAAGGCGUCCUAGCAGCGAUUGACGAUGGAAGACGAUUGACGGACGAGAUUCUUCAAACGGUCAUAGUAGAAGCUGAAGACAUCAUCAACGGUAGACCCUUGACUACGGUAACUCAAGAUGGCAGCGAUCAGGAGACCCUGACACCAAAUCACUUCUUGCGUGGCGUGUCAGAUGUAGAUGCACGCACUUAUCCACAGACGAACGUGAAAGAAGCUUUGCGUGAUUCAUAUCGAAGGACUCAGCAAUAG